UUGUUUUGAAUGCGGAACUGUGCAGCAAUCUUUUCGACUAACAAAAAAAAAUCUUAAAUCUUGUCUGGCUCUUCUGUUUUUCUUGUCGUUUUCUUCAUAAAGCAAUGACCGACGGGAUCGCAUCCCAAUUACCUGACACUGUUCUCGAAGUUAUUUUCUCGUUUUUAGAUUUACAUGAAUUAAGAAAUUGUGCGCUAGUGUGUUCAAGUUGGAGUCGAUACCUAAGUGAUGAAAACAAUGACGUCUGGAGAUUACAUUGCAUACGGAAAUUAGCCGAAGAAGCUCUGAAAACUGACCUGCUAUCAUCAGUUCCAACAUACAAAUCUAAAUUGCGAGCAUGGUAUCACGCAUGGAAUCCAAAUGAUUGUUCGCGAAAUAUUUACGUCAAAGCCAAUGGAUUCACGCUUCAUAGAAAUCCUGUGGCACAAAGUACUGACGGAACUCGAAGUAAAAUUGGAUUCAGACAAGGACGACAUGCCUGGGAAGUUAUAUGGGAGGGACCUUUAGGGACUGUGGCCGUAAUCGGAAUCGCGACAAAAGAUGCCUUACUACAGAAUCAAGGAUAUAUGGCUCUUCUGGGUCACGAUAGCAACAGCUGGGGUUGGAAUUUAGUGGACAAUCAUUUGCUGCACAAUGGCAAUGCGCAGGGGAAUUAUCCUCUGCUGAACAAUGCGCCGAAAUAUCAAGUGGGCGAACGAAUACGAGUGAUUUUGGAUUGUGAUGACAACACGCUGUCGUUCGAAAAGAAUUAUGAAUUUUUAGGAGUUGCUUUUAGAGGUUUACCCGAUAAGAAACUGUAUCCGAGCGUUUCUGCCGUGUACGGAAAUACCGAAGUUUCAAUGGUGUAUUUGGGACCGCCUUUGGAUGGUUAAUGUUCAGUGUAGCUGUUUUAUUCAACUUUUAUAUAUUCAAGUGAUCAUCAAAGUGAACUACAUUCCAAUUUAGCUAAUAUCCGAACAUUCAAUUCUACGCGACAGGUAGGUUCAAUUGAAGAACUGACACUAAUUUCAUGGUUGAGUCAGCUGAUUCACACUUUCUGUUUCGUUUCUUUUCCUUACUUCAAUUGCGUUUCGUGAGUUUCAUGUCGUCAUUUAAGCGAAUCAUAGUUUGUUGUUGAUAGCUGAACCGAUUUUAACACAUUUUGAUGUGAUAUCGGCUGCAUCAAAAAACGGCAUCAAUUAACACGUAGACAGUUCCAACUACACACAAAUUUGAAUCGUCGUAUCAAAGU